CUUCGCUACCGAAUUUGACCUACUUAUUGACUACGUUAUACAAAUAGAGUAUCUAGCCAUAGAUAUAGAGAGUAUUAACGCACUACCGUCACGGAACUUCUCAAAAUGCCUAAUACAACCGCACCAAGCAACAAUACCACCAACGGUAUCACCAAUACAACCACUGUCUCAAUUGCCCCACAGGAUGAUGUGUCUCUCCAACUGUACGUCACAGAUGGCAAGAUCGCUAAGGAGGUCAUCUAUCUGAAAGUAACGAAGCAAACCAUCGACUCGGAACUUUUGAGUGCUCUACGAAUACUCCUAGCCGGAAAUACCGAGUACAAGACCUUUGGAUUGCUCAAGUUCUGUUCUGUAAACGGUGCUGUCGUACCUGACACAUACACAAUCAAAGAGUAUGUAACGGAUUGUGUGAAGGCCGAUCUGACCACCUCGCCGGUGAAGAUUUAUCUUCAGGCGCAGCAGGACCCAGUACAAGCCGAAGCGAAGCAGAUAGGCCAGUAUAUGGAUGCGAAUAAACUUGCGCUUCUGAAGCAGCACUUUGAUGAAAACGCGUUUAAGUUAUUGACAGGAACCUCGGCAAAAUACCCUGCUGAGCUCGAGGAGCAGGAGUGGUCCGUCAUAGCGGACAACAAUUCCUUGUGCUAUGGUAUCAGCGUCAUUCGUAGGAAAGAGGGCAAUGACACGGUCGCUGUCGGAGUGGAAAGGGCUCGCUAUCCCGCCUUUCGCCUGAAGAAGAGAUCAAUCCUGUCCGAUCAAUUGACCAGCACCUCUGUCAAAGACGUUGAGCUGUUUCUUCGUAUUCCGGAUUACACGGUUGACGACAAGUCGUACGUCUCAAUUUAUGAAACAAAAAGCGACCUGCAAAGCUCCUUGGCUACAUCAUCUUUUUCUCAGUUUGAUGUCUCUGUCGCCGGUUCUGGUAGUAUGUUUGGUUGCACCAUGUCAGCAUCAGCCAGUUACGGAGGCAGCUCGAGCAACGUGUCGACGAGUACCUCGAGCACCAGUUCCAAGAGAGUCACAAUUGCUUAUAACUUUCCACGCGUUACUCUCCUCCUGGACGAAGGCAGCUUAGAGCUUACUAAAGAAUGUGAAGAAGCCUUGCUCGCUGUCGUCGAUAAAGUAUCACUCACGAGCUUUCUGGAAAACUUUGGUGAAUUCUUCAGCACUCGUGUGCAAUUAGGAGGCCGAUUGUUUGCAACGGAAGAUGUGCUCUCCACGGGAGCUACUGCAUCAUCAGAAAUGGCAAGAUCGAUGAAAGCUUCCGCUGCUGUAGCGUUCAGUGGAUGGGGCGCUUCUGCCGCCGCAUCAGCUUCUUACGGUAGUAGUGCGACAGCAUCCGGAGCUUCCAUUGCUCAAAAUUCGACAAGUUCAAUGACUUGGCAAGCCAAUGGGGGUGACACAUUGUUGUGUAGUAGUCCAACUCUGUGGUCUCCAACAGUUGCCUACCACUGGAAUUGGAGGAUCACCAAACAGGACCAGGUCACUCACAUGGUUGACAAGAUCAAGCGAUUCUCUGGCUACGAGGGAAUCUCUGCCAAAAUUUCAGCCUUGAAAGAAGAGAUUGAAAAGGAGAAAACCUUCGGCGAUCUGAAUCAACUCUACCUCAAUGCAGAAGACGGGUAUCCACAAGGGAGAUUCCUUGCUUUAUGCAAGGAUUCGGAAAUAAACUUAAUGGACGUGGCCAGCGCCUACAACAAGUCGAGUUCGAAGAAAAUCGAGAUGGCCACGGUUCUUGGUGAGAGAGGCGCGGCCGUCCUAGGACCUAGGACCCCUAUUCGUGACAUGGCUAGUCUUGGAUACGAAGUGUGCUCCGUUACUGAUUCUUCACGUGCAUCACAGGUCUGUUAUGACACCAAAUACUAUCUCAGAAGUCGCUCUGGAGGCCAAUACCUUGAUUUUAAUGACAACACGAAGAUCAUGUACGCCGCUACAAGUCGAGAAGCGGUGGUCAUGUUCAAGGAUGCGGCUGGCGCAAGCAAAACAGGUCCUAUCCCAAACGAGAGCAAAGUCGUAAUCGAUAUGUACUACGACAGAACGUCAACUAAGCCUGAAGGAAGAGUAUACGUAGCUGUCGGUCCAAUCAAGACGAAUGACCAUUGCUAUAUGAUGGUAGGAAAACCUCCCCAAUCCGCGCUUGUAUUUGUCAUGACGAAUCAAUAUUAUAAGUAAUGGGGAGCCUGUGUGUAUUGAUAACCCCGACCCUUUCGUUCUCACGGCUCAAUUACAUAAGGUUAUUCGUCUUGAGCUUGUCCGAUGAUACCUGGUUACAAGUCCCUGCAGUACCAAUGGCGUUGUGCAACAUUCGUUGAGGUAAAUGCAGUUAGGCGUUAGCAGACGACCACCGUCGACAUAAAAAGGAAAAGAAAUACCAAAAGACAAAGACCUAUUAUACUACCGUAAUAACAUAUCAUAAGGG